AUGGCCAAGGCCUGUGCGGUUGCCGGGAGGCCCGCCAUCCUCGAGCGCAUCACCCAAUGGGAAGGUGUGGUCAACACCCUGAAGGCAGCCAUUGCGGUUGCGACCUGGGACGACCCACAGGUGCUCUUGCGAGAGAUGGAAGGAUGCCGCCUACCCCUGGCGAAUAUCGUCGAGCCGAUGCUGGGUGGUGGCAAUGCUGAAGGGGCAUACGACACGCUCGCGGAGGUCUACAAGAACACGCCCGAUGGGUUUUUGGCCAUGUGCCCCUACCCGCCGGGAGGCGAGGUCGACCUGCUGAUCGUAUCAGACUCAUCUCUUGCUCUGGCCAUCGAUGACAUCGAGUCCACCAAUCGUGCACAUGGUCGCCCGGUUUUGCCGGUGUUGGUCAUCGCCGUCGCUGAUUGCCACCUUGCCUACCUCAAGCUCAUCAGCGUCGACGAUCACUUGAGAACACUCCCAAGAAUCGACGAUCUCCAGGAGCAGAAGAACUACCCGAACCUCACCAUCCUCAAGGCCGCGUACCAGCUUGAAAUCGAUUCGAAUGUAUCCUCCCCAAAAGAUCUUCCUCAGCGACCUGAUCCUGAGAAGCUCAUGUUGGAUGCAGACAUCGAGAUUUUCAACUGGGUGCUUCAAGCUGAGGAGAGCGCCACAGCCUCUGCCGACUGGGAGGUCGAGUCCUGGAUGCGAGACAUUCCUGAAGAGGACCAGGCAUUGGAACCCAUGCGCAAUGACAACGCUGAUUCGGACGAUGAGGCUGUCAAAGUUCAGGCCCUCACUAUGGAUGAUCGAAUUUUGGCGAGGCGAAAAGGCCUAUCAGAGGAGCACGACCAAGAAUGGCAAGAUGCCACCUAUGCGGCCGAGGAUGAAGACGAGGACUUCAAAGGGUGGGACCUCAUUGAGGAUGACAAAUGCCCGCCGGGAGUCGUGGCCAGUGACCCAGUACAUGAAGAGGAAAAGGAGCUGGACCUUGACGACCUCGAGACGGUGGCUUCGGUGGAGAUUGUCGAUGAAGAGGAGUUCCAUGACGCUGAGGAGGGGCAGGCCGAGCCGAUCGAUGAUGAUGACGAUGAUGACAUGGCCGUGAUCGACAAGGUCUCUUCUAUGCAGGCCUCGAAGUCUGAUGCACGGGGGGACCCGGAGCCCAUGGAUGUUGAUGAUCAGGGCAACAAGAUGGUCCAGAGUACGGCAUCAGCGAAGACCUGGAAGACGGAGAUGGCCCAGAGCUCGUCAUCGGCAAAGACGUGGAAGACUGAGAUGGCUCAGAGCACCUCAUCUGCAAAGACAUGGCGAACGGACACAACUGCAGCUGCGUCGGCGGGAGCCACGCCUCCUGACCCGACUUCCAAGCUCAAGCCCAAGAAGAAGGCCAUGCCAAAGAGAUUGAAGGUUGUGGAUGAGGGACAUGGGCCAAGUGCUGAGCAGUUUGACACGUCGAAAUUUGCCACAGCACAGGAUCUGGUUUGGAUUGAGCCGGACAACAUGGCAGGAGUUCCUGUGCGCAAGGUGGACUACGGAAGGACUGAUUUGUCAAUGGACUUCAAGGCAUUGGUGAGGCAUCUCCAAGGUGAACGGCUUGUCGUCCGGAAAGCUCAGGUGGACGCCAGUGAGGAUCAGGGCCAUUCAGGGUCAUCGGCCUUUCUCGUGGAGCAAGGGGGGAUGUCAAGCAUGAUCAAAACGAUGUUCACUUUUGAUGAGAACUUCGACCAGACCAAGAUUGACGACCCAUCGGUCCACCCCGCUUUCUCCGCGAUGCCGGAAGGAAGUCCUCAAGAGGCCAAGGCCGAGUUUGAUCCGACGGAUGUUCUCAUGAGCCGCAUGGAGAUGUUGAUGGAAAAUGCCCAGUUGAACUUUGAAGGCAUCAAAGAGCGCAUUGAGUUUGGCAAGCUCCUCCCCUUUUCCAGGCGUGAAGACAUUGAGGUCGAAAAGAGCACUGCCACCCGGGAGGGUGAGCCGGCAUCAGGUUCUCAGCUGGUGUCCGGCUACACCGUUGGAAAGAUGGCCGCCAUGACAAGCACGGAUGCAUGUGGCUUCCAACGUCGUGGACGGAAUGGACCCGGUGGUGGAAAUUGGAGCCGAGGGCAAGGUCGACACGGAUUUGAGUUGCAAUUCAAGGACAUCUCCUACAACCAGAUCCAAGACACGCCUCAGGUACGCUGUAGCCAUCCGAUCUGCGGAUAUCUGAUGAUGGAUGGGCAUUUGAAAUGCCCGCGCUGCUUCCGGCAGAUGGAACCCGUGACCGAUGCCAACAUCGCCACGGAAGUUGCCCGCCGGGAGGCAGCCGGAGAAGGGAUCAUCGUCUUCUUCGACAGCCGUCCGGACCAGAAGCACCUAUGGACCUAUGGCAACUUGAGAGACAUGGCCAAAAACUACGUCAGAUCUUUCAAGAAAAGGGGCUUCAAGGACCUUGUUGACCGACUCGUCCGCGACCCGUUCUUUCAGUUCAAUGCGGCGAAUCAAAACUUGGUGCCGGAGGCCUUGCUCUUCAUUGAGCGUUUGGCUGGCUGCGUGAGCCCGACCAUUGAGCGCACCAAAGCUCAGGUUCUUGGCGAAAAGCUUGAGAUGGCCACCAAGUUGAUCUUUGUGCCAUCGUCGGAGCGGGAGCCCGACCAACCCUUGGAUCUUCACACCGAGGUGUUUGUGUCGCAUCGGGGCGUCUUUCUCGACAUUGGCCAAUUCGCAGUCUAUGUGGCGAAGUUCAUCAAGCCAAGGCAAAGGCCUCUACCCAUUGUUUAUGGAUGGGGCAAUCGUGACUUUGUGCCUGAUGCUUCAGAUGCCAAGGAGAUCGCGAAGGAAUUGGUGGAGUUCAGCAAGCUGCAAUGGUCGAACUUUGCCUCCCAACAGACGCACAAGGAAUCUGAAACCACCGGCGACGACCGGGAGGUCAGUCUUCCUCAUGCAAGUGCAGCCAUCAGCCGACCUGAACAUGAACGACCCCAUCACGAGCAAUUUGAGCCAAAUCUUGGCAAGCCUGCUCGCGGCGGUCCUUACGGCCAGGGCGGUGGUGGAAAAGGUCAUCACAAAGGUGGAGGACAGACCAAAGGAAAGGGACAGCAGAAGGGGAAGGGCAAGCAAGGCCGAAGCCCACCGGGAGGUGUGGCCUACGGUGACUUUGAAGGAGAUUCCUACUGGGUUCAGGGCUACCGCUACACGUGGUACUGGAAUCAACAGCGAGGCCGUGCCGUGUGCAACCUC